AUGGCUUCAGGCCAUUCCCUUGAAUCCUGUCACAGUGAAAGCGUGAUAACGUUUAUUGAAAAGGCUUGGUCUCAUAGUACCACCUUAGCACCACUAAUGGUAUACCUACCACUAAAGCCCUGGGGGCGCGCACGGCGCCGGCCGCGCGCACGGGCGGUGCCCCUUUCUAGUAACUUCCCCGUUGCGCUGCGUCAUCACGGCGCGCAGCCGCCGGGCCAGGCCGUUUCCGGUGUCNCCAAGGAGAAGGAAGAGUUCGCCGUUUCCGAAACCAGCAGCAUCCGGCAGUUCAAGGAAGAAAUCUCUAAGCGUUUCAAGUCCCACACUGAUCAGCUUGUGUUGAUAUUUGCUGGAAAAAUUUUAAAAGAUCAAGAUACUUUGAUUCAGCAUGGAAUUCAUGAUGGACUCACUGUUCACCUGGUUAUCAAAACACAAAACAGAUCACAAGACCACCCAGCUCAACAGGCAAACACCAGUGGGAGUACUGCUACCACAUCAACGUCAAGCAGUAGCACCUCAACACCAACAUCAACAAAUAGUAACCCCUUUGGCUUGGGUGGCCUUGGAGGUUUGGCAGGCCUGAGUAGCCUGGGCUUAAAUACUUCAAACUUCUCAGAGUUGCAGAGUCAGAUGCAACGACAACUUAUGUCCAACCCGGAAAUGAUGGUUCAGAUAAUGGAGAAUCCAUUUGUUCAGAGCAUGCUUUCAAAUCCCGACCUGAUGAGGCAGUUAAUUAUGGCUAACCCUCAAAUGCAGCAACUGAUACAGAGAAAUCCAGAAAUCAGUCACAUGCUAAAUAAUCCAGAUAUAAUGAGACAGACACUAGAACUUGCUAGAAACCCUGCAAUGAUGCAGGAAAUGAUGCGAAACCAGGACCGAGCCUUGAGCAACCUUGAAAGUAUACCGGGGGGAUACAAUGCCUUGCGGCGUAUGUACACAGACAUUCAGGAGCCAAUACUGAAUGCAGCACAGGAGCAGUUUGGAGGUAAUCCAUUUGCUUCUUUAGUAAGCAAUGCUUCAGCAGGAGGGGACAAUCAGCCAUCUCGUACAGAAAAUAGAGAUCCUCUGCCAAAUCCAUGGGCUCCUCAGUCUAGUUCGCAGACUUCUACCACAAACGCUGGCACUAGUAGUGAGAGCAGUGGCAGCAGCAAUGCUGAAAAUAGCACUUCUAGCACUACGGGACAGAGCUCAACUGGACCAAAUUUGGGACCUGGACUUGGAGCUGGUAUGUUCAACACACCAGGAAUGCAGAGCUUAUUACAGCAGAUAACAGAAAACCCACAACUUAUGCAGAAUAUGUUGUCUGCACCCUACAUGAGAAGCAUGAUGCAAUCAUUAAGCCAGAAUCCUGAUCUUGCAGUACAGAUGAUGUUGAAUAAUCCUUUAUUUGUUGGAAAUCCUCAACUUCAGGAACAAAUGAGACAACAACUUCCAACUUUCCUUCAGCAAAUGCAGAAUCCUGACACGUUAUCAGCUAUGUCAAACCCCAGAGCAAUGCAGGCUCUGCUGCAGAUUCAGCAGGGCUUGCAGACAUUGGCAACAGAAGCACCGGGGCUUAUACCAGGAUUUAAUCCUGGUUUGGGUGGAGUGGGAAGCAGUGGAACUCCUACAGCGUCCACAGUACCUAGUUCUGUUUCCACUGAAAAUACAAGUCCAGCUUCAGGAGCUGCUGAACCUGGUCACCAGCAGUUUGUCCACCAGAUGUUGCAGGCACUUGCUAGUGCAAAUGCUCAGCAGUUACAAAAUCCAGAAGUUCGAUUUCAGCAACAACUGGAACAGCUGAGCGCAAUGGGCUUUCUCAACCGUGAAGCAAAUUUACAAGCACUAAUAGCAACGGGAGGAGACAUCAAUGCAGCUAUUGAAAGGCUGCUUGGUUCUCAGCCUUCAUAGCAGUGUUUCUUUUAACUUGAAAAAAUGUAAUUUAUUUUUGAUAACAGCUCUUUAAUCUUUUAAAUUGCUUUAUUUCAUUCUGACUCUUGGGAUUAUCUUGUUACAACUAAAACCAGUCUGAUGCAUAUGAAGGUGGAGUGCAGUAGUUUUUCUUCAGACAGUGGGAAUCAAUGCAUUUUCACUUUUGAGUGCAUCAGUUCUUUUGUUCAGCAUUAUUUGUGAUUUUUUGGAAACAGUAUCAGCUUUCACAGUUGGAUGAACUAGUUUUGUCUGACCUACAAAUGGCCAAUUUAUUUACUACUUAAACAGUAUCCUUCAGUAGUAAUUUAUGUAGAUUACACAUUAAAAAGGAAACAAAUUAAUUGAAGCUGUGGAUACCAAUACUGCUUAUUGUGAUUUUGGCAUGGUUUUUUUCUUGACUAGCAAAAUGCUGGAAGAUUUAUACCACUUGAAUAAUCUACCAUCUUUUGCUUUAAUUUGUGUAAAGUAUAAACACAAUAUAUACAACUCGUUUCUAGAGAUUUACACAAUACAAUGGAGUGAAAUAGUAAGUAAUGAAAAAACAAACAAAAAAACCAAACCAAAACAAGAACAAAAAACCAAACCAAAACAAACAAAAAAAAACCCACAAAAAAUUACAAAACCAAACAAAAAACUAACAACAACAAACAAACAAAGGAAAGUAAGAAAAAAAAAUCACAGGACUUGAAUUUGGAAUAGAAUUGCCCAGGAUCUUUGGUAGCUAUCUGAGAAAAAAUGCUUAAGCAACUUCAGUUAAAAUAUACUAGAAUUACUGUUCUGGUUGUCUCUUUACAUUUAACUGUACAGAAACUUGCAUUAUAACAUUAUCUCAGUAUUCACAGAUUUACUGUAAAUUACUUUUGUCAUUGUCCAAAUUAAAGAGCCACGGCCUUGUGCUCUGGAAUUGCUUCUGUAGCUACUUGGCUUAUUCCACUAAGAUUUUAAUGUGUAUUCUGAUUUGUAAUUGGAGAAAUUACCUUUAUUCAUGGUCAUGUGAUACUCAAAUUACUUUUAGCCACCAAGUAAAAAAAUACUGUAUAGCUUUUGAGUUCUAUUGGUAGUAACUUCUCUUGUGCACAGGUAAUAAAUGAAUUUAAAAAAUC